CUGGAGGGCGGGAGAGAUGCUGCAGGCUCGGAGGGGGCGGGCCGGGACCGCGUUCCUGCAACUCGCAAUCGUGGCGCGCACCAUGGCUGGAGUGCCCACAGUCUCGCUCCCUGAACUCCGUUCGCUCCUAGCCUCGGGCCGGGCCCGACUCAUCGAUGUGAGAUCUCGGGAAGAAUCGGCAGCUGGGACCAUCCCUGGGGCGCUCAACAUCCCGGUGUCUGAGUUGGAAAGUGCCCUGCAGAUGGAGCCAGCUGCUUUCCAGGCUUUGUACUCCACCGAGAAGCCAAAACUGGAAGAUGAGAAUCUCAUUUUCUUCUGUCACUUGGGCAAGCGGGGCUUGCAGGCCACACAGUUGGCACAGGGCCUUGGAUACACAGGGGCUCGCAACUACGCAGGGGCCUAUAGAGAAUGGUUACAGCAAGAAGGUUAGGUAGAAGAUGGCCUACUGAUUGCCUCCUUCCCACCCGCACUUGCACCUUGACUAAGGGUGAUGAAGGGGCUGACUUUUUGGGUUGGGCAACUCCUUAUAGUGCUGUGCACACAAAAGCAUCAAAUAAAGAGCAUUUAAUCAA